AUGGGAAAUCUUACUCUUCUUCAUCUCUACUUUAAUAACCUUUUGGGCACCAUUCCUGAAGAGUUGGGAAACUUGAAGCGUAUCCAGAAUCUACAAUUGAGCAGGAGCCAACUGCAUGGCUAUGUUCCAAAUUCAUUUGUUCAUUUGACAAACUUGAACAUUCUAUACCUUCGUGACAACCAACUUUCUGGUGAAAUUCCUCAAGGAAUUGGAGAUUUCAUGAACUUGACUAACCUACAAAUAGACACAAACCAAUUCACUGGCUUUCUGCCUCAAAACAUUUGCCAUAGUGGCUCACUUCAGAAUUUUUCUACAUUCAACAACCAUUUCACAAGCCGAGUCCCCAAAAGCUUGAAAAAUUGCUCCAGCUUAAUCAGAGUCCGCUUAGAUGGAAAUCAACUCACUGGAGAUAUAUCUAAUGAUUUUGGAGUCUAUCCAACCUUGAACUACAUAGAUCUAAGCUACAAUAGAUUUUCUGGCAAAAUUUCAAUUGGGGCUAUUCCAAAAGAAAUUGGAAAGUUGACUUCUCUAGAGCAAUUGAUGUUGAAUGGCAAUCAAUUUUGGGGUGAUAUACCAUCAGAACUUGGGUCAUUGACUAAUCUUGAAUACCUUGAUUUGUCUUCAAACAGAUUGACGAAUUCAAUUCUAAGUAAUUUUGGGGAUUUAUCGAAAUUGAAUUACCUGAACUUAAGCCAUAACAAUUUUAGCCAAACGCUUCCAGUUCCCCUCAUGAGCUUAUUUCAGAUCUCCGAAAUGGAUUUGAGUUUUAACUCUUUAAAUGGAGAGAUACCAUCAGAAAUUAGCAAAAUGCAGAGCUUGGAGAAACUUAAUCUCUCCCACAAUUAUUUUUCUGGUUUCAUUCCGACAGCCUUUGAAGAAAUGCUUGCCUUGUUAUAUAUUGACAUAUCAUACAAUGAUUUUCAAGGCCCCAUCCCCAGCAGCAAAGACUUUCUAGAUGCUCCCAUAGAAGCAUUACAAGGGAACAAGAGACUGUGUGGUAACGUUACAGGAUUGGAGCAUUGUAAUAACUCCUCAAAGGAGAGCCACAAAGUUGUGUUUCUUACUGCUUUCCCUAUUAUGGGAGCACUUUUAGUUAUAUUUGCUUUCUUUAGAGUUUUUAUUGCCUUUAAAAGAAGAAAGAAAGAUCCAGAAUCAGAACAAUCUGAAAUGCAUGAAGUAGAAUUUCUUUCUAUGACAACUGUCAAUGGAAGAACAUUGUAUCAAGAAAUCAUGAAGGCAACUAAGGGUUUUGAUGACUUAUAUUGCAUUGGGAAAGGAGGAUGUGGAAGUGUUUAUAAUGCAAAGCUGCCUUCUGAACAUCCAUUUUUGGUUUAUGAGUACUUCGAAAGGGGUAGCUUGGCAAAAAUCAUGGAGAAUGAAGAUUCUACCAAAGUACUGGAUUGGAGUAAAAGGUUGAAUAUUGUUAGAGAUGCUGCUUAUGCUUUAUCUUACAUGCAUCAUGAUUGUGUACUGCCAAUUAUCCAUCGCGAUAUAUCAAGUCACAACAUCUUGCUAGAUUCUCAAUAUGAUGUUCAUGUUUCAGACUUUGGCACUGCUAAACUUCUGAAGUUAGACACAUCCAAUUGGUCUUCCUUUGCAGGCACCUAUGGAUAUCUUGCUUAUACAAUGAAGGUAACUGAGAAAUGUGAUGUAUAUAGCUUUGGGGUAUUGGCUUUAGAAGUCCUAAGGGGAAAGCGCCCUGGUGAUUUCAUUUGCUCUCUAUCAUCUCCAUCAGCUAUGAAAAACAUGCAAUUGAAGAUGUUUUGGACAGGCGCCUCCCAUUUCCCCAACCUUUAG